AUUAAUCCUUUUUUUCAUAAAUGGCGGAUCUCAAAAUUCUUUAACAAAAGCGAGUUGAUAUUUUCUGUGAAUUAAACAACGCAAGUGAAUUCGUAAACAUGGAGAUUACGCGUUCCACUUUAGGAAUUGCAGUCGGAAUAGCUGGGACCUUGUUUCUUGGAUACUGUGUGUACUUUGACCAACAACGUCGUAAGGAUCCUCUUUUCAAAAAGAAGUUGAGGGAACGAAGACAGAAGGCACAACAGAAAUCUGCCCGAUCACACACUGUGGAUGGGGCCCUGCCUGAUAUGAGUGAUUACCAGGCUAUGCAGUCAUUCUUCAUUCAACAGAUUCAGCUUGGUGAAGAGCUGUUAGCGGCCGGAGACCUGGAGGCAGGAGUGGAGCAUCUGGGACAGGCCGUCGCCGUCUGCGGCCAGACACAGAACCUUCUGGGCGUUCUCCAACAAACGAUGCCGGCUCCCAUCUUCCACCUGCUUCUGAAGAAGCUGCCUGAGGUGUCGGAGAGACUGCGGCUCUCGAUGAAGGCCAACGCCAAGCUGCAAGAGGAAGACGUCGAAUAAACUAGUUUUAACAAACAGUUAGAGAAGAGAUAACUUUAAUACACUUUCAUUAUCUCAUGGGAGCUUCCAUUUUUGGUCGAUAGAUGCCGCUACAUUGACGUGAGGUCGAAUCCUUUCUGAUUAUAUUGACAUUGUAUAAUUUAAUCAUAUUAGGACCAAAAAUAAUGUUACAAUGAUUAGCUAUAAUGUAUAAAUUAAAGGUUUGAUUGCUUUUGAUUAUUUAAUUAUCAAUUUUUAACUAAAUUCCUCACGUCGUUGUAGUUAUUUAAUGAAAACUUCGACAUUCGAUUCAUGUAACUUUUCUCUGACUGUGACUCUCAGAGUAGUUUGUCGGUAACCCCGGCAUUCUGUAGUGCGAUGCCGCGGUACUUACGCGUACCGUCUCAUCGCGUUAGAAACACAUGCAUCUAACAUCUGCUUAGUAGACAGUUAAGUUAAUAAUAAAAAAAAACCAUCAAAGAACCUAUUGUUAAUUUCAUUUUAAAAUAAAAUUACUUUCGACUUGCAAAGCCUUAAAUUUUCCAAGUGAGUGCAUUCGGCUGUGAAACAAGAUGUGCUUGACAAUAGAUCCGCCAUUUUAUCGCUGUUCAUUUCAAAUGGGAAGUGUAUCGUGGAGUGUAAUGCAAGUUCAAUAAUAAUGUAGGUAUUUGUUAGUGUUAUUUAGGUUUUGUUUUGUGUUCACAACUGGUUAAGGAUGCUUGUGAGUUUUGAUUGAGAUUUUAUUGUGAAAUAAAAGUAUUGUACAAAUUAUCGUGA